AUGGACAAGAUUACUGGAUUUUCUGAUGAUGAAUUGCUAGUGAAGAUUUUAUCGUUUCUUCCAACAAAAGCUGCUGUAACAACAAGUAUUUUGUCGAAGCAGUGGAAGUUUCUUUGGAUGCGGCUACCAAAACUUGAGUACCACGAUGACAUUAAAAUUUAUAUUCUCUAUAUGCGGGGUGGGAGUAGAAGUAGAACCGAUUCUAUUCUGUUAGAAAAAAGCCAGAGGAUGUGGCGUUUUAUUGAUAAGAAUCUGCCAUUACAUAGCUCUCCCGUAAUAGAGAGUUUGCGACUUACGAUAUACAACGAACUAUUUCAACCUGAAAGUAUUAAUUUGUGGGUUGAAAUUGCAGUUUCUCGUUGUGUUAAGGAGCUAAGCGUUAGAUUUUCUCCUUUCAAGGGAAAACGUGAUGCAUUACUGCCGACUACCUUGUAUACUUGCAAAUCACUCGUGACAUUGAAACUAAGAGAAAACAUUCUCGUGGAUGUUCCUCAUGUUUUUUGCCUCCCAUCCUUGAAAACUUUGCACCUUUCACAUGUGACAUACGCAGAUGAAGAAUCUCUUCAACGGCUUUUGUCUAAUUGCUUUGUUUUGGAAGAUCUGGUUGUGGAACGACGUGUAGGUGACAAUGUCAGAAAUUUCGCUGUUAUCAUCCCGUCAUUGCUUAGUUUAUCCUUUGAGAUUUUGGGUCAAUGUUCUUCGGAAGAGUAUGUGAUACAUACUCCUUCUUUGAAGUAUUUCAAAGCUAGAGAUUUUGGUGAGUGUUCCACAUGUUUGAUAUUGAACAUGCCUAAGCUGGAGGAGGUAUUUGUUUCCACUGCUGGUCACAAUAUCAAGAAGCUUCUUGAAUCUGUCACAUAUGUCAAGCGUCUUUCAUUGUUCAUACCAGACAACAAUGCAGAGGCUUUCACUGCUCUAUAUGGUGAUGUGAUUGUCUUCAAUCAGCUUGAACAUCUGACGUUUAUCAUCUGGGAAGCAUAUUGUUCCAAGUUACUUUACUGGUUGCUCAUAGCUUCUCCCAAACUUCGAAACUUGGAGUUCAAUGAUCAAUUCUCAAGUGAUGGUAUGGAUACACUGGUUUUCUGGGAGCAAAUGAUUACUAGUGUUCCUCAAUGUUUGUUGUCGAGUCUCCAAACUUUCAAGUGGUUAGGUAACGGUGAUUCCAUAGAAGGGAAAGAUCUGGCGACAUUUAUUUUGAGAAACUCUUGCCAGUUAAAGACUGCAACAAUUUCGAUCGGACAAGGACAAAACAAGCUUGAGAUAGAGAAGGAGCUUUUGUUGCAUCAGAAUAUGGACAAGAUCAGUGGGAUUUCCGAUGAUGUAUUGCUAGUAAAGAUUCUAUCGUUUCGUCCAACGAAAGUUGCUGUAAGCACAAGUGUUUUGUCUAAGCAAUGGAAGUAUCUUCGGAAGCGGGUGCUAAAACUUGAGUACGAUGAUACUGAGUGUAAAACUAAACCGUCUAAAUCAUCACAUAAGAGGUUCCGGUGUUUCGUUAAAAGAUUUUGCAAAUAG